ACGAAAGAUAGCUGGAUAAUUAUCAACUAAUAUAAUUAUCAACUAAUAUAAUUAUCUUACAUUUUCCAAUUUAUUUUAAAUACUGUUAAUUUAAAUUUUAGUUUUCCAAUUUAUAGUACACCGAUUUAUAUAACUAUUCUUGGGCCUUGAAAAUAGAUAUGCUUUUGCCUAAUUAUAACAUGAGACCAUGUGUUUCUUGGGCUUUGCAGAAUACAAACAAAUUGGAACCUUUUCUUUGUUGAGAAUUCCAAUCGACCUAAUGAAUUCCACGCUUUUAUACUUAUAGCGGCUACCUUCAAGCAUCAUUGUAAAUUGUUCUUCUCGAAGCAUCCUUCCAAUUCCAAUGACUCUGAUCAUCAAUACUGUUACUUCCAUCCAGAUAACCAUAUCUGAAGAUGGAGCAAGAAACCAGUGUCUAAUACUGGGGCAAUUUUAUUCUUUUGACUGUUAUGGUUCCGUUGAAACAUGUGCAUAUGAUUUAGGUAUGAAGUCUGUUGGUGUGAAAGUGGCUAAAGAAUAUGGAUCAAUAGAGGUUGAUGAAUACUCUCAAACACAGGUUCCUUAUAUUUUUAUCACCGAGUUAUUUUUGGCUAUUUUAACAGUAUGUGCAGCCCUGAAAGAACAAAUGCUUUUGAAGAAUGAAAAAAGACUCCUUUCAGUCUUAUCUGCCACCAUUGAACUCAUUGAUGCCCUUUCAGAUCAACGCUCAAAUUCACACACUGGAUUAUCACUUCAAAUUCAAUGAUUUGAUUAAUUGAAAUAAGUUUAUUCCUUUUUAAUCUUUCGAGUUUUGAUUUACCCUUUUGCUUCAUUUCACUAUAUGAUCGAGUUUUACUUCUAUUUACAGUUACUAGGAAGUUGAGAAGUUGAUGUUUAAGUCUCUCUGGUGAUGGGUGUAUGUGUAUGAUUAGUAGUUGUGUAAACUAAUUAUUCUGGUCAUGAUCAGGAUGUGAUUUUUGUCUUAAUGGGAUUGAUAAAGUUUUAUUGUUUUAUAAUAAUUGAUUUUGUUUUU